GAGGUUUCUGGAGCUGGGACUUUAUUUGCUGCCUGUCCCAUGCUGGAUCAGCCUGUGGUUGUGCCAGCAGGCAGUAGGCCCCGUGCUGAUUCUCUGCUGACUACAAGUAUUUGUAUCCCAACUUUAGGGCUCCCUAAGCACGUCUCUGUGGUGCAGAUCCCUGUAGACUGUCGGCAUGCUUCAACUAUUGAAGCAGCACAUGACUGCAAAAUGGACAUAGAUAAUAAACGAAACAAAAAAACUCUUCUAGACCAGCAUGGACAGUACCCAAUAUGGAUGAAUUCCAGGCAGAGAAAGAAGCUGAAGGCACAGCGUGUUAAAGGGAAAAAAAAAUCAAAAUUGGCCAAAGGCCUAGUCUGGUAA